CAAAGAGCAACUGUUUGUUGUUUUAUUUUCUCUUGCGUCUUUGCCUGAGGAGCCGUGCCAAGGCCUGAUAUCCGGUACAGAAAAUGUUCCUUCUCCUGCUAAUUAUGAGCCUGGGAAUGCCGCUUCAUCAGACAGCAGCUUUAUUCACAGUGACGGUCCCAAAGGAAAUGUACACGGUAGACUACGGUGGCAAUGUGACCUUGGAGUGUGAGUUUGACACCGGAGGUCAUGUGGAACUCGGAGAUUUAAAAGCCAGUUUGCAAAAGGUGGAAAAUGAUACAACCUUGCUCAGUGAAAGAGCCAUUUUGCUGGAGGAGCAGCUGCCCCUGGGGAAGGCCUUGUUCCACAUCCCCCAAGUCCAAGUGAGAGAUGCAGGGCAGUACCGCUGCCUGAUCAUCUAUGGGAUCGCCUGGGACUACAAGUACCUGACUCUGAAAGUCAAAGCUUCCUACAAGAAAAUAAACACUCGCAACCUUAAGGUCCCAGGGACAGAUGAGGUAGAGCUCACCUGCCAGGCUGUAGGCUAUCCCCUGGCAGAAGUGUCCUGGCCAAAUACCAGUGUUCCUACCAACACCAGCCACACCAAGACCUCUGAAGGCCUCUACCAGGUCACUAGUGUUUUGCGCCUAAAGCCACACCCUGGCAGGAAUUUCAGCUGUGUGUUCUGGAAUGCCAAUAUGAAGGAACUCACUUCGGCCAUCAUUGACCAAGGUGAUCUGGAAUCCCCCGAGAUCCGUUCAUCUUCACUGCUUCAUAUUUUCAUCCUCUCCUUCAUCAUUGCUUUAAUGUUCAUAGCCACAAUGAUAGUCCUAAGAAAACGGCUCUGCCAAAAGUUUUAUUCUGGAAAAGGCACAACAAAAAGAUAUGUCACCAUGGUAAGGAGGGAAGUGGACAGAGCUAUUUGAAUCUGUGGCCUGAUGAGCUGGAGUGACCUGAUGGGACAUCCUCAAGAAACUUCUAGACUCUGAACAAGAAUCCCUUGGCCUGCAAAGCUUGUUGUGUGCACUUUUCAAAUGCCUUUGUGUGAGCCAGCACUUUAAUCUGGAGACUGCAGCAAGACUAGGCAGCACCUGCCAAGGUGUACUUACAGAAGUCAGGCAGCCACCCCUCCACUGAUGCGGGCUCUCACUCCUGCAGCCCGUGGCUCCAAUCACACACUACCGCAGUUUAGAAAAAGACCACACCGGAUGCUGGACCCCAGUGAGUGUCCUCAGGCUCUUUGUUGCUUCUGGACGGGAAACAAAAGGAAUUAUUUCCCCCUAAGUUUCCAAAGUGAUUUCCAGAAGCAGAGACCAGUGGAAAUUUCCAGUUACAGAAGUGGACAGAUUGCCAGUAGAGAUACUUUUAUCUGUAGUUUCCUCUGGUUACUGGACAAGCCUAUUGAGACUGCGAGCUCACAGACAGGGCUUUAUACAAAGUCAAGCCAUAAUUGACAUGUUUUAUGACUUAC